GUAAACUCAAAGCCCUACGCCACAGUUACUCUCUAUCACUCUCUCACACACACACACUUGCCGGCAGCAACUUCCGCCGGCAAACGCCGACGCUCGUGUAGAAAUGGCGGCGCCAUCAGAGACGAAGAAGGAAGAAGAGGAGCAAGUGGUGAAUCCAUGGGAGGUUUCAGCCAAGGACGGUGGCAAGAUCGAUUACGACAAGCUCAUCGACCGUUUCGGAUGCCAAAGGCUCGACCAAUCCCUCAUCCAACGCUUCGAGCGACUCACCUCUCAGCCUGCUCACGUAUUCCUCCGCCGCGGCGUUUUCUUCGCUCACCGUGAUUUUACAGAUAUUUUGGACGCUUAUGAAAAGGGUGAUAGGUUUUACUUGUAUACCGGUCGAGGACCGUCUUCCGAAGCUUUGCAUUUGGGACAUUUGAUUCCAUUCAUGUUCACCAAGUAUUUGCAAGAUACCUUUAAGGUUCCUCUGGUUAUACAGCUCACUGAUGAUGAGAAGUUCUUGUGGAAAAAUCUUACUAUCGAGGAGAGCCAAAGACUUGCACGGGAGAACGCAAAGGACAUCAUUGCUUGUGGUUUUGACAUUUCAAAGACAUUUAUCUUCUCUGAUUUCAGUUAUGUCGGUAGUGCCUUCUACAAGAACAUGAUGGAGAUUGCAAAGCGUGUGACUUAUAACCAGGCUGUUGGUAUUUUUGGUUUCACUGGGGAAGAUCAUAUUGGAAAAGUUAGUUUUCCACCUGUGCAGGCAGCUCCAUCAUUUCCGAGUUCAUUUCCUCACCUAUUUUCUGGCAAAGAAAAACUCCGUUGUUUGAUUCCUUGUGCAAUUGACCAGGAUCCUUAUUUUAGAAUGACACGAGAUGUUGCUCCUAAACUACAAUAUAACAAACCGGCCUUGAUUGAAUCAACAUUCUUCCCUGCAUUACAGGGAGAAACAGGAAAAAUGUCUGCCAGUGAUCCCAAUUCUGCAAUAUAUGUUACUGAUUCUGCAAAAGAUAUAAAGAAUAAGGUAAACAAGUAUGCGUUCUCCGGUGGGCAAGAUUCUAUAGAAAAACAUAGGCAAUUAGGGGCAAAUCUUGAGGUAGAUAUACCAAUCAAAUACCUUUCCUUUUUCCUAGAAGAUGAUGAUGAACUUGAACACAUAAAGAAGGAGUAUGGAGCAGGGCGCAUGCUCACUGGUGAGGUGAAGCAGCGCCUAGUCGAAGUUUUGACUGCACUAGUGGAAAGACAUUGUAGGGCUCGGGCUGCUGUGACUGAAGAGAUGGUGGAUGCAUUUAUGGCUGUCAGACCACUUCCCCACAUGUUUGACUGAAGAAGUGGCCUCCUCAUAAACUCAUUGCUUGAAGGGCUUAGUGGAUACAUUUCUCAACUUGAAGUUGAGUUUUCUGCAGCCAUUCCUGUACUACUACGAUUUUGUUAUAGGAAUUGCUAUUGUCAAAAUUUCUUGUUUUAUAAUCAACAUCUAAUGAUCCAAGUUUAUUUAAGAAGCUCAGUUUUUGUUUUAAGGUUAA